AUGUUCUGCCAGACCGGGGAAUGGAUCAGACACAAGGAUGCGGGUGGUCGUGUUUCAGGGGGGCCGGCCAAGUCCUGCAUUGUGAGCCCCAAGAGGUUGGAGCGUCUCCUUGAGGUCGCCAGCUUCGGCUUCAUGCAUUGCUUUACUCGGAUUCUCAGGCGACGGGACAGCUGGGCCAGGGGCCAAGAGCCAAAGGCCAAGGGCCAGGGGGGCAGCCGCAGAAGUCUGCCAAAAGCUCAAGGUCUCGAGGUAGCCAACGAGGAUGGUUUCGGGACGCACCAGAGGAACUUGAUACCCAAGCCCAGGUCCAGGUCAGGUCCGAGACCAGCAACACGAGCUGAGCAUGCAAGUCUCGGUGCAAGAUCCAACGGUUGCUUGUCUAGGGCGUGCGGGCCAAGCAUGCUUCGGGGCGCUGAGGAUCGACAUCGCGGGAUCUGA